AUGAAUGAAUCAAAUCCGAUCAAAGAUGAGCAAAAUAAAAUUUUGACAAAUAAUGGAAAUAAUAAUAAUAAUAAUAACGGAAUUGUCAAUCAAGAACGUCCAUCUGAUCGUAAACCAGUAUAUGGUGUGGCUAAAAGCCGUUCACAAAGACAUCUUAGUAAUAAUGAUAAUGGUCAUCAUAAUAUUAUGGAUGGUGGUAAUAAUAAUGAUAAUGGUAAUAGUAAUAGUGGAUCAUCAUCAGCUGGAAAACUUUAUGAUAUUCCACAAAUUGAAUGUCCAAGUUCAGAAAAUGGAAUGGAUCGUUUUGCUUGUCCAACGCGUGAUGAAUUGGGCCGAUUUUUAUGUAUCGAUGAUCAACAUAUAUGCGAUGGCUAUUUUGAUUGUCCUCAUGGUGAAGAUGAAGAACGAUUGAGUUGUAUGUUUUAUAAAAGUACAAAAGCACAUUUGGAUGUAUUAGCCGAUUAUCUGCUACAAUGGGCUCGUGGUCAACAGAAUCUGUAA